AUGGAGGUCAGCAAUAAUAGUUCACUAUCCUAUGAACAGACUGGUGGGCUGGGACCAUCCGGUCCUAUUACAUGGGAUGAUGCUACCUGGAUUUUAACUAGUUCAUUUAUAAUUUUUACUAUGCAAUCAGGCUUUGGAUUGUUAGAAGCUGGUUCUGUUUCUGGUAAAAAUGAAGUUAAUAUCAUGAUGAAGAAUGUUGUUGACGUGGUGUUCGGUGGUGUUACAUACUGGGCUUUUGGAUAUGGAUUUAGUUUCGGACAAGAUGAAGGUUCCAAUCCAUUCUGUGGAUUUGGGAGUUUUUUUGUUGAUACUCAUGGUGACGACAUGGGUCUUGUGUACUCAACGUUUGUAUUUCAGUUAUCAUUUGCGACGACCGCAACAACAGUAGUGUCCGGUGCAAUGGCUGAACGAACCAAACUUAUGGCCUACAUGAUAUUCUCGGUUUUUAACACUGUCGUUUAUUGUUUUCCGGCUCAUUGGGUUUGGGGUCACAAUGGUUUUCUACGUGACCUCGGUGUCGUUGAUUUUGCUGGUGCUGGAGUUGUCCAUCUUGUCGGUGGAGCAUCAUCUCUCGUAGCAGCUGCGUUUCUCAAGCCUCGUAUUGGAAGGUUUGACGAAGGCAAGACAGCACCACCUAUGAACAAUCCUGCCGGGGCUAUCGUUGGAAUGUUCAUGUUGUGGUGGGGAUGGUUAGCUUUCAACUGUGGUAGUACAUUUGGUAUAUCUGGUGGCAAAUGGAAAUUAGCAGCCAAAUCCGCAGUGACAACUCUGAUAUCGUCAUUUUCUGGUGGAAUAGUUGGCAUAGGGUUAAGUUUUGUUGUAUACAAAAAGAAAUAUGAUGUUGCAUACAUGAUAAAUUCUGUCCUUGGGGCCUUGGUUAGCAUCACAGCUUGCUGUGCAUUAGUCCGGCCAUGGGAAGCCCUGGUAAUCGGCAUGGUUGGUGGUUUCUGUACAAUAUUUGUUAUCAAAAUAACAGAGAUUGCUAAGAUAGAUGAUCCAGUAGGCGCCAUUGGUGUUCAUGGCGGUGGUGGUUUGUGGGGUCUCAUAGCUGUAGGUAUAUUUGCCGCUGAAGAUUCUCUGGAGCAGCUGACUUACGGAAGAGCAGGUUUAACCCAUGGUGGAGGGUUUUAUCUAUUAGGUGUACAAACUUUAUGUAUCGUAUGUGAAGUAUUUUGGAGCGGCCUCGUCACGUUUAUUAUUUUAUUUGCUAUCGACAAAAUAAUAGGAUUGCGAAUGUCGGCUGAGGAUGAACUACUUGGAUCAGAUCUUGUGGAACAUAAUGUUGGUGAAUGGCCUAAUACGAAUAGUGAUUCUAAGGAAGAAAAUGAGCCAAAAGAAAAAAUUGAAGAUAGUGACAAACUUGAAAACCGUCGCCAUUCGUUGUUAAUUGGAGACUCCGGUUGGUCAAAGGCUACUAGAUUGUAUCGAGAUAAGCGAAAUAAAGUUCGAAUAUCAUCAAUUAAAGAACAACUUCAAUCGAGUAGCACUUCGGAAACCUCUACUAACAGAACUUUACAAGUAUCAUUGCAUUUGUAA